AUGGAAAGUAUGUGCACAAUCCCCAAAACCCCAUAUUUUUGUACCUCAAUUCCAGUCGGAACUGCUACAAGACUUCAAGUUUCAAUGUCCCCACAUGCAUUUGCACUAAAAUGCGCGUCUAAAUCCAAUUCGAUUAAUUUCUCCACUGUUCAGAAGCCGUUCACCGACGAUAUGAAGGAGGCUCCCAGUAUAAAACCUACUUAUGAACCUACACCUUCCAAUCGUCCUACACGAACCCCUCACAGCGGGUACCAUUUCGAUGGUACCCCUCGAAAAUUCUUUGAGGGCUGGUACUUCAAGGUCUCAAUACCUGAAUGUAGGCAGAGUUUCUGCUUCAUGUAUUCUGUGGAGAACCCAGCAUUUCCAAAGAGAUUGAACGGACUAGAGGAGGCACAACAUGGACCUCGAUUUACAGGAGUUGGAGCUCAAAUUCUAGGGGCUGAUGACAAAUAUAUUUGCCAAUAUACUGAAGAAUCUCAGAACUUUUGGGGGAGUAGGAAUGAACUGAUGCUUGGAAAUACUUUUAUAGCCCCAAAAAAUAUGCAGGCUCCAAAUACUGAGGUUCCUCCACAGGAGUUCAAUCGAAGAGUUUUGGAGGGUUUUCAAGUUACCCCACUUUGGCACCAAGGUUUUAUCCGUGAUGAUGGGAGGACACCUUAUGCGGAAACUGUUAAGACUGCAAGGUGGGAGUACAGCACACACCCCAUUUACGGAUGGGGAAAUGUUGGGUUGAAGCAAAAGUCAACGGCUGGAUGGCUUGCGGCAUUUCCUGUUUUUGAACCUCAUUGGCAGAUAUGUAUGGCAGGUGGACUUUCAACAGGUUGGAUUGAAUGGGAUGGUGAAAGGUUUGAAUUCCAAAAUGCCCCUUCAUAUUCUGAAAAGAACUGGGGUGGUGCCUUCCCUAGAAAGUGGUUCUGGGUGCAAUGUAAUGUCUUCAAAGGUGCAAGUGGAGAAAUUGCUUUGACUGUUGGUGGUGGAUUGAGACAGCUCCCGGGAAUGAGUGAGAACUUUGAAAAUGCUGCCCUGAUUGGAAUUCACUAUGGAGGCAUUUUUUAUGAGUUUGUACCAUGGAAUGGGGUUGUGAAUUGGGAAAUUGCUCCAUGGGGUCAGUGGUGCAUAUCUGCAGAGAAUGAAAAGCACAAGGUGGAGUUGGUGGCAACAACAAAGGAUGUGGGUACAACACUGCGAGCCCCCACCUCAGAGGCUGGCCUUGCUCCAGCUUGCAAGGAUACUUGUUUUGCUGACUUGAGUCUCCGAUUAUGGGAAAAACAAUAUGAUGGCAGUAAAGGAAAGGUUAUUCUGGAUGUGACAAGUAACAUGGCAGCCGUAGAAGUUGGAGGAGGACCAUGGUUCGACACAUGGAAAGGCAAGACACACACACCGGAAACUUUAAAACGAGCUCUGACACUGCCUGUUGAUGUGGAAGGGAUAUUUGGUCCUGCGAAGCUGCAGAAUCUCCUCUAUUGCCCUUUUACAAAGAGGUGGGAUGAAAAGAUAACUGAAGCACCUCUACAAGUUUCAUCAUUUCAAUCAGUAAAAAAAAGAUUAUUCCUCCUUUCCCCCACACUAUCUUCCUCUCAAGCUUGUUUUCAUCAAGUGGUAUAUACAAAACACAGCAAGAUGUUGAAAUGCUCCGGUGGCUCGGAAUUCAAGUCGAAUAGGCUGGAAAACAUUGAGGAAGACAAUGCUGCAAGUUGGCUGCCGGCAACGUGUCCCCCUCCGGAAACUCCAACGGAGUCCAUGGAGUUCUUGGCUAGAUCAUGGAGUCUGUCUGCAAAGGAACUGUCGAAUGCUCUUUGCCACGUCCAAGUCGUGAAGCCACCUCCAUGCUCUCCCAGUGGUACUGCUCGAGCUGACAAUGGAAGCGCUUUGCUCCCCCUGAACGAACCUAAUCAACCAUUACCAGCUUCAGAGAGUCCUCCAUUAUCUCCGGGAGGAAGCCACGAGACGAAGGAAUUGCUUCAACUGCAUCAAGCUUUCAAUCAGGAGCUUCUUUCUAAUCAACAGUUGAUGAGAAAUGGGCUCUACUGGAGCAUUAUCAGGAGCAAGAAAGUAGGUAGAUGUUUAAAAGAUCAAAAAGAGCGGAAAAGGCAGGAGAUUAGAGCUCACAAUGCUCAAUUGCAUGCGGCAAUAUCCGUGGCAGGGGUUGCAGCUGCAGUGGCUGCCCUUGCAGCCUCGUCAAUAACCUCUCCGGAAAAAGCAACCGCCCAAAAUAAGAAAUCUAACGGCAUUGCAUCUGCAGCUGCUCUUGUUGCAUCGCACUGCAUAGAAGUUGCAGAGGAUAUGGGAGCUGAUCAUGAACAAAUCUUAUCGGUUGUGAAUUCAGCAAUCAGUGCAAGGACUAAUGGCGAUAUCAUGACACUUACUGCUGGAGCUGCUACAGCAUUAAGAGGUGCUGCCACUCUUAGAGCAAGACUACAUAAGAUGCAUGGACCUGCAAUUGCGCUGAAUGAUGAAAAUGUUCAAAUCGGCACAGAAUCAAAUACCUUAGCAGCAUUAGAUUUUGUUACAAGAGGGGAAGAAGUUCUUAAACGCACAAGGAAAGGAGAUCUCCACUGGAAGCUAGUCUCAUUCAACAUAAAUUCAAAUUCACAGGUUGUGGCAAAAAUGAAAAGCAAGCACAUGGGAGGAACAUUCACUAAGAAAAAGAAAUGCAUAGUCUCUGACGUAUAUUGUGACAUCCCAGCAUGGCCCGGACGUGACACAGAGAAUAACAAGCAAAUGGCCUAUUUUGCAAUACAAACUGCUGAUAGGACAAUUGAGUUUGAAUGCAGAAACAAAGGGGACAAACAGAUGUGGGUUGAAGGAAUCCAACAUAUGUUGCAUUUGUGUGUGAAAAUGACAUGA